AUGAAAAUCGAAGUUAAAAAAGAUCCAGUGAUUCCUCGAUCUCUUGAUUUAGAGGCGGCGUGUCUUCCUCGUAUGGAACGUUGUAGUCCCGAUCACGGUAUCUGCGAAUGCGGAAAGUGCAAAUGCCUGGGCAAUUGGACGGGAAGCGCCUGCGACUGUCUGGAUGACAACGAAACGUGUAUAGCUCCCAACGGGAAAUUGUGUAGCGGAAACGGCGAGUGCGUGUGCAAAUCCUGCAAGUGUUUCAAAGAGGAAGAGGAACACUACAGCGGCCAGUUCUGCGAAGAAUGUCCGGUGAGUACCACUCGGAGUAAAAAAGGAGACAAGUUGUGCGCUUUCAGAGACGACGACGACUGCAAGUUCUUCUUCACCUACAAAAUCGAUUCGGACGGUUACGUCAAAAUUUACGUGCAGAGAACUAAAGAUUGUCCGGAACCGGUCAACAUCCUGGCCAUCGUUCUGGGAGUGAUCGGAGGAAUCGUGGCCGUGGGUCAGGACCCGCUGCUGAUCUGGAAGUUGCUGACCACCAUCCACGACAGGAGGGAGUUCGCCAAGUUCGAGAAGGAGAGGCAAAUGGCCAAGUGGGACACGGGAGAGAAUUCGAUCUACAAACAGGCCACCUCCACCUUCAAGAAUCCCACUUACGGAGGCAAGUAGUGAGCCCCAACCGUCAGGCGUCUAGUUUAGAAC